AUGGUGGUUGCAAUCGUCACGGGGUCAUCGAGAGGAAUAGGAAGAGCAAUCGCCCUGCAGCUGGCGGACGAUGGCAUGGACAUUGCUUUGAAUGAUAUACAAGCUCAGUUUCCAGAUCUCGAAGGCGUCAAAGCCGAGAUUGAGAAAAAGGGUGAGUUCUGUGCUCCAGGCCGUAAAGCCUCGACUUUCGUCGCCGAUGUCAGUGUUGAGGAACAAGUCCAGAAGAUGGUCGCCGACGUUGUGGCCGAGUUUGGAGAACUGAAUGUCAUGGUCGCCAACGCCGGCAUCCUCGUGCCAAAAUCCAUCCUGGAAGUCAGCGUCGCCGAAUGGGACAGGGUGCAGUCCAUCAACGUGAGGGGAGUAUUUCUGUGCUAUCGAGAAGCGGCCAAGCAGAUGAUCAAACAGGGCAAAGGCGGAAAGAUGGUGGCGGCUUGUUCAACAGCAGGAUAUCGACCGUCCGCAAGCCACAGUGUCGCCUACUCCACCAGCAAAUGGGCUGUUCGGGGCCUGACCCAGUCGGCCGCGCUGGAGUUUGCAAAAUACGAUAUCAAUGUUAAUGCAUACUGCCCUGGGCCCGUUGACACGGAUAUGUGGCGUCAAAUCGAUGCCAGCAUCGCGGAGCGCGAAGGCCUUGAGAAAGGCGUGGCGUUUCAGAGAUCCGUCGAGUCUCGAGCCGCUCUCAAGCGCGCUCAGGUAAGCCCAAGACCAAGCCCAAGACUGGCUGUCUCGACUCUUGAGCACACCCCAUCCACCCUCCGGUGGCCGGCUUGUGUUUCUUCUUCUUUGGGUUGA